AAGCAUUUCAUCUGACAGAACGUAGUGGAUCAAGACUCGGAUGGUUCCUCACCUUCAUUGUAAUAGUAGUCGUGAUGGGUGCUGGCCUAGCUGGUUAUAUAUUUUACAAAUAGAGGCUCUGGUCUUACAUGGACUCGGAGAUUAUUGCUAUCAUGUCACAGUACAUGCCAAUUGACAAUCAGCAUGCCAAAGAAGUUCGAGGUGAUGCUCAACCUUUACGGCAAACCUCAACUGCAUAAGCUAACUAGCCAUUUGUCACAAUGACCGCCUUUAAAUCUGUGCCUAAUUGUUACCUGAAGUGACUCCCAGUGUUAUUUGCAGGUUGUAAGCUAAAAAGUAAUGAGUGCCGAAGGUCUAGCUUCAGUACUGAAGAGUGCCAAAGUAUAGUUAGAUUGCGGUUAUGUUGGAUGCGAUACAGAACACUGAGACUGAACAAGUGUUGGAUGCAAUACAGAACACUGAAACUGAACAAGUUCUGGUUCCUGCCAUACUGAUCUAUAAAGACCAGCUAUACUUAUCUGUAUCCUGGCAGAACCUUUUUUUUCUUCUCCUCGUAGAUACUAGGCAAGAUGGUCAAGGUGUUUAUUAUGUAAACACAGAUAGAAGAAAGAAUACCGUAUCAUGUAACAGUCAAGAAAUAUGGAAAGUGAAAGAGAAGUAAAGAGAAAAGGAUGUGUAAAAUUGAUGCUGUUUGGCUUUGUAUCUUUAAGUUUGAGUAGACAAAUCUUGUUGAAAAUCGCCUUUGUGUGUGCUCUGAACAAAAAACCACUUACCAGUGCGUGUUUAGUGCAGGAAAACAUGGCAAAGAAUGUAAAAAAAAAAAAUUAAAAAAAAAAUUCAGGAAAACAUUUUCAAUUUGUCAUAUCUAGAAAAUGGUUUUCCUUCCAUUCUGUAACUUGAGCUUUGGUCUUUUGUAAACGUAUAAAGAAAAUUUCUUUCA